GAACAACAUGUCGGGCCAGUUCUUGCCCUUCCGCCCGCCACCGCUGCCCCAACCCGAGUCGGCCAAGGCCACCGCUGCCAGCACGGGGACCACCAAGACCGGAGAGCAGCACGCGAUGGAGGAAGACAGUCAGCAGGAUGUGCAGACGCGCGUGUACAAGGCCGUGUUCACGAUCGAGGAGACCACGGACGGCAAUGGGGAGGUCAAGAUCGUGGCGCACAGCCCGGAGCUGAUAGAAGAGCCUGAGUCCGGCAGUGACUCCUCCGCCUCAGCGGGGCCCGUCGAGCCGCAGACUUUUCUGGAGCGCAUGGCGCUGCGGCAGCUGCGGUACGAGGAGGCGCGGCGCCCGCGGAAUACGAUGCUGGCCAUCAGCGUCAAGAGGCAGAGGAAGCUCAAGAUGAAGAAGAAGAAGUACAAGAAGCUCACCAAGAGAUUGAGGCACGAGAGGCUGAAGCACGGACGGACAUAAGGAGCAAGAGCGAAAGACAGAACGAGAGACGCACCCCCAAACGUCUUGAGAGGCCGUCACUGCUGCGAGUAUAUGGCGGUGGCGAGAAGAGGAGGAUUUCUAAUCUCUUUUGUAGAUAUGGCGCUCUCUCUCGCCCUGUUUGCAUUGCCUGUGUUGACGUGACCAGGGGGCCUAUCGGGAUUUGAAUGGAUCAACUGCAUCUUUUGGAGAUC